AUGAGUUCAAAAUCCUCUAGCAGAAGAAAAAACCAGAGGAACAAGAAAGGCUUCACCUCCUCAAGCCCGACCCGACCCGCCAUCCGAACCAGGUCAUUCUCCCCGCCGCCUUCCUCUGCCUCACUUGCCGACCGCGAGCUCUCAAUAGACGAGCUCUCGCUGUUCCAAGACCUUCGAAUCUCGCCCGAAAACCCGAACCCGAGGAGCUUCCCUCACAGCGUGAAGCAGCAGUGCUGGGAGAAGGCGGAGAAAAUCAAGGGGCGCGACCCGGAAAGGUGGCGCCGUGACCUGCUGGGCAACAUUCUAUUCAGGAAGCUCGUCGGUUGCCCCGGUUGCCUCUGCCAUGAUUACGAUCACAUUGUUCCUUACUCGAAGGGUGGGAAGAGCACAUUAGAGAAUUGUCAAGUGUUGCAGGCAACUGUUAAUCGAUCCAAGGGAAACCGGACUGAGAUGUCCAAAAGUGAUCUUAUUCAGAAAAGUGCUUACUGUCGGGUGUCAGGUCGCGAUAUGGACCUUCUCGAGUUGUCAGCAUAUGGCAAUGUUCGUCAUGGCCAGGAUUCUGGGGGAUGUAAAAUUCAGUAA